AUGCACGAGGUCUACGGACCCAUAGUGCGCAUCAACCCUCGAGAAAUCCACAUCAGCGACCCAUCUUACUUCGCUGAGAUUUACAGCAAUGGUGUCCAGGAGAAAUAUCCAUUCAUGGUCGGCGUCGCCCCAUUACCAGGCUCAACAUAUUCAACGAUAGAUCACAAUCUCCACCGGACUCGGCGCGGGAUUCUGAAUCCCUUCUUUUCAAAGCAAGCUGUUACCAGAAUGGAGCAUAUCGUCCAGGACAAAGUCAAUAAAGCUGCUGGACGCCUUGAGCAGGCACAACACGACCGCACGGUCAUACGAACAGAUGCACUAUUCGCAGCAUUAGCGAGCGACGUGAUAUGCCGCUACACAUACGGCGAAAGCUCAGGUUAUCUGGAGAAAGAAAACCUCGAAAAUGAAUUCCGAGAUGCCGUGACUGGAGCCAGCGUCUUCUGCCAUUUCACCAGGUUCUUCUUCCCAAUCAUGAUGGGCAUGUUACAAUCCAUGCCCUCGGUUAUCCUGUGGCUGCAGCCAAAGUAUAAAGGAUACUUUGACAUGGAGCGAAAGUUGAAACAGCAGAAUCUAGCUGCUCUGCAGAAUACUUCGAACGAGAAGGACUCGAAGUGGACUAUCUUUCAUGCUUUGAGUGAUCCUUCCCUACACUCUGAAGAGAGGACCCCUGAACGAUUGCGAAACGAGGCGAUGACUAUUAUGGGUGCUGGGACGGAGACUACAGCGCGAGUUUUGACCAUGGGCUCGUAUCAUCUUUACAAUAAUAGGGCUUCCUUGAAGCGUCUACGAGACGAAUUGAAAACGGUUAUGCCGGAACCUACCAGCCAAGUGUCCUGGAGCCAGCUUGAAAAGUUGCCAUAUCUGACGGCUGUAAUCAACGAAUCACUCCGUCUAGGGCAUACCGCAACGAUCCGCCUUCCGCGCGUGGCUCCCAAGAAAGCUCUGGUAUAUAAGGACUAUAUCAUACCCCCUGGAACUCCUGUCAGCCAGUUGAUCUACCUCGUACAUAUGAACUCGAAUGUCUUCCCGGAUCCCCAUACAUUCAAUCCAGAACGGUGGUUGGAAUCCCCUCAGAAGGGCGAGAGACUCGAUCGAUUCUUGGUGCCGUUUACGAAGGGGUCUAGGAUUUGUGUGGGCAUGAAUCUCUCAUACGCGGAAAUGUAUCUCAUGUUUGCGACCUUGGCUCGACGCUUUGAUUUGGAGAUGCAGACGGCUUGGGAGGAUAUUCAGGUGACGCGGGACAAGCUGCUAGGUGUGCCUGAGAACAAGGAUAAACUUGAAGUGGAAGCUGUUGUCACGGGAGUUGUUUACGAAUGA